CAGUUGUGGCGCAGCCGGGCGUGCCGGCGGAUGCCUGGGUAGUGAUAGGCCGCCACCGCCGCAAAGGGAGCAGCCAUGCUCACGAUAACGGACCGGACGAGCAACGCGAAGGCGGUGAUCUUCAUCCUGGCCGUCGCUGCCAGCUUAGCUAUCCUCAUUAUAGUCGGCGUCGAGCUCAACGGGACGGUGAAGAGGCCGGCAGCCCAGCUGACCGGCGCCGGCAGCGCCGCCACCUCCGACUCCAAACUGGGCCAGUACCGGUCGGCAGCGGUGUGCGCCGACGCCGGCGUCUGCGCCUCCAUCGGCAGGACGAUGCUGCAGCGGGGCGGCAACGCAGUGGACGCGGCGCUGGCCACGCUGCUCUGCGACGGCGUGGCCAACCCGCACAGCAUGGGCAUCGGCGGCGGCUUCGUCAUGACGCUGUACAACCACAGCACGGGUCUGACGGAGACGCUGGUGGCGCGGGAGCGCGCACCGGCCGCCGCCGCCGCCGACAUGUUCUCCGAGAAGGCAGAGGCGCAGACAGGCGGCAUGUCGGUGGCCGUGCCGGGCGAGAUCCCCGGGUACUGGGCGGUGCACCAGCGGUACGGCCGGCUGCCGUGGCGCGCCCUCUUCCAGCCGGCCAUCAGCCUGUGUCGCUACGGCGUGCCCGUGUCGCACACGUUGCAGAAGGCGCUGCAGAACAGCCGCAUCCAGACCUUGCUGCACAACGACAGCUUCCACCUGGGUGACAUCUUUCUGAAGGACGGUAACGACACCAUGGAGUUGGGGGACGUGGUGCGGAAGCCAACGCUAGCAGCCACGCUGGAAAAGAUCGCAGAGGGCGGGCUGCAGGCGUACCAAGACCUGGGCCAGAAGCUUGCCGAGGACAUUCAGGAGAUUGGUGGCGUUGUCACGCAUGACGAUAUUAAAAACUACAUGCCGACGUGGGCGGCACCGGUGCGGGUGCGGGCGCAGGCCCGCACCCUCCACACCAUCGUCGAGACGUUCAAGUUCGCCUACGCUCAGCGCAGCCGGCUGGGAGAUGCUGACUUUGUCGACGUCGAUGAGCUGGUGCGGAACAUGACGUCGGACGAGUUUCUGGCGUCGGUGCGUCGCCGCAUACGGCCAGACGGCGUGCUGGGCAGUCCGGGGGAGUACGGCGCCGACUUCGCCGCCGCCAACGACAGCGGCACAGCACACAUCUCCGUGGUCGACGCCGACGGCAGCGCCGUCUCCGUCACCAGCACCGUCAACCUUUAUCUCGGGAGCGGAUUCCGGUCUCCACAGACGGGAAUAAUCCUGAACAACGAAAUGGACGACUUCAGCUCAAAUUUUACGAACUACUUUGGUCUACCGCCAUCGGAGAACAAUCGUAUUGAGCCAGGCAAACGACCGCAGUCGUCCAUGGCUCCCGCCAUCCUGGUGGACGACGACGGCGGGGUGAGGAUGGUUAUCGGCGCCUCAGGAGGAACCAAGAUCACGUCGGUCACGGGCUACGUCGCUGCACGAAACCUUUGGAUGGGUGAAAACAUCAAGGAAGCUGUUGACGCAAUGAGAGUGCACCAUCAGCUUUUGCCAGAUGUUCUGAAAAUAGAGAAGGGAAUGCCUGAGGUGCUGGCGGAACAGCUGCGGCUUCUGGGUCACCCGGUGGAGGAGGCCAACCACCUGGCACGGGUCUGCGGUAUCGCGCGGACUCCGGGAGGGCGUCUGGAAGCCAACGCCGAUUACAGGAAGGGUGGGGACGUGGCAGGCUUCUGAUGGCGGUCAACUCACCGCGUCCACGCUGUGCCAUAUUUUAUAGCCUCGCUUGUUAUUUUACAUGAUGACAUAUCCGUUCAUAGACCAAACUUUUACAUAGCGACGAUUGGAUGGUGCCACUGAACUAUCAUUGGUGUUACAAACUGAUAUCACUGAACGUUUGUAUAAUGGAUAAAUAGCGUGCGCGUGCGCGUAAUUCAGGUUUUAUUCAUUGUUUCGCGGACUGCUUGCCAGCGCCAAUGCCAUAACUCAGAGACAGUGUUCUUUUGCCCUGACAGAGACCAUGAGAUUCGAUUACAAAAACAUGGGAGCAAUGGGUUACUCUAUCGUUAAUUCCACAUGUCAUGCGUAGCGUGCGAUUGGAUCGGCCAUGACUGUAAUGAGCAUCCCCGAGGCUGCUGCUCUUACAUUGACUUUUAUUGCUGAGAUGUGGCUUUAAUAGAGUGAUGCCCAAGGUGACAACGUAAUUACCUUGCUUCACCCCGCUGGAAGUGAACGUCAUCAGAAUCACGCUGGUAACCCCAGUAUGGUUCGAUUUCAGCUCGUGGCUUAAAUUUUUAGCCAUUUGCU